AUGACCGACACGAACUUGCUGAACGUCGAGUGGCGCUUCCACGAAUGGAUCAUGGGAGUCGGUGGACUGAACCCAGACAACGUGUUGGACUACUUUGCCCAGUCGCCAUUCUGGGACCCUUCGUGCAACAAUGCCAUCAUCAGGAUGCAGACCCAGUUCAACAACCUCGGCGAGAUGACUCAGAAGCUCAAGGAACAGAGGGGCUUGGAGUUUGCGUUGAUCCAUGAACGGUACCCGACACUCUUUAUCAUUCAGAAGCAGGAACGAAAAGGCCCAGACUGGGUCCUCCCAAUGGAUAUCUACUACGUCCUGAAUGGCAGUAUCUAUAUGAACCCAGACGUGCAGACUCUUCUUUCAAAUCGGAUUCUUGGAAGCUUGUUCUAUGUGGAGAGCGCGUUCAACGAGGCGAGGACAAUGACAGAUUUUCACCCAUCGACUGGUUACCACUGGAAGGCACCGGCAGAAAGCACAUCAACAACAGCACCGGGAGCGUCAACCCCGGCCAUCCCCGGCCUUGCCGCCAUCACAGCACCAGGCGCCGCUGCGCCAGCAAAAGCAGAAUCAAAGGAGUUUCAGGUGGCUGUGGACCGGGCGAUCAAGAAUUUGGAGCAGCAGAUGCAUAUGAAGCAAAUAAUGCAGCAAGCAGGAAACGCUGCUGCUGGUGGUGGCGCGGCCGGAGGUGCUGGAGCUGGAGCUGGUACAGGGGCAGAUGCUAAGGUCAAACAGGAAGGAGCCGCUGGUGGUGCUGCCACUAAUUCUGCAGCAGCGUCAAAAGGCACGCCCAAGAGCACUGCCAAGAGGCGCAAGAAGAGUGAGGAGGCUUCAGCUGCGGCUGCUAGCAUGGGCAUUAAUACCAGUGUUGCGGCUGCUUCUCAGAGCCGAGGACCUCCCUCAGCUGGUGUUACGCCUGGCGGUCCUGCUACGCCUACCUCUGCCCCUGUGAGGAGACGGAAGAAGACUAAGAACGUCGACCCCAAGUAG